AUGGAAAAGAUAGUUUUACCUGUGAUUAUUGUUUUACAAUUAUAUUUACCUGUUUAUGGAAUUCAUUUGCAAAAUGUCAGUCAUGUAUCACAUUGUGAGGUUUUACAAAAUCAAAAACCAGUAUCUGAUUACCUAAAGGAUUAUCUAUCAUAUUCAUUUCGAGCAUCACCCAUUUUAAAUAAUUCAAAAUGUGAACAAGAUAUAAAUUUAAUAUUGAGAGAGUUUAAAAAAUACAAUUUAUGGGCCAUGAAAAUGAUAGAUGCAUCUGCAAAAUUACCUUCUGGUAUACUAAGUGGAAAUUUAAAUCAAUAUGGAGAUUUUGAUGAGUGUAUGUCUGUUAAUGGUGAACAUCAUCAAAUAAAUAGUAAAUAUUGUCUGGCUACAAUUGACAUAAAACCAUCAAAUGAUGAUCAAACAACAGAUAAUAUCCGAAUCAUAGAUGAUUACAUUCAUUCUCACAGAUUAUUGACAAACGAGCUUUUCGACCAAGGUCAUCGCGUACCUAAAAUGGAGACUUUCAAUUGGGGCCUUUGUAUUCCAUCUUCGUGUAGUAAUAAAGACGUUGAAAAUAUAGCUGAAAAUAUCUUGAAAAGAAUAUCUUACACUGAACCGUUUCGAUUUAACGUGACCGUUAACGAUGACGUUUGUUACGUGGCAGAAGAAAAAAAAGAAAUGGCGGUGGCAAGUUUGAUUGUUAAAGUAUUAUUUACUUCACUACUUGUUUUAACAUUGUUGGAGUUUAUCAUCGAUGUAGAAAAAGUUAAAUUAGGGAAUUCAAACGUAAAUAAAAUAAUAAAAUGUUUUUCGAUAAAGAAAAAUUGGGAAAUAUUAACGAAUACAAAACCGGUUAACGAUGAUUUACAAUGUUUACACGGUGCUAGAUUUUUAAAUGCUGUCGGCCUCCUUCUUUCACACAAACAAAUGGCUAUGUUAUUUAUACCUACAUUUAAUAGAACAACCUUGGGCAAAUCAUUUUCAAAAUUAUGGACGAUGCUUGGAAGAUCAGCAAUAUUAUACACAGAUUCUUUUAUUAUGAUCAGUGGAAUAUUAGUUUCUUAUUCAUUUAUUAAAGAUUUGGAUAAAACUAAAAAAUUAAACUUUAAAGAAAAAUUAAUCAAUAGAAUAGUCAGAUUUUUACCUAAUUUAGUUGGAAUAAUAUUAUUUUGUACAUUUAUAAUGGAAGAUAUGAGUACAGGACCUAUGUGGGGUUUAGUAGUGAGCAAAUAUUCAAAUUUAUGUAAAAAAUACAUGUGGAGAAAUUUUUUAUUUGUUCAUAAUUAUUUUGGAUUUGAAAAUAUGUGUUUAACACAUACUCAUCAAUUAGGGAUUGAUAUGCAACUUUUUAUCAUUUCGCCAGUUUUUAUUUACUUGUUGUGGAAAUGGCCAAAAUUAGGUACAUCAAUUUUAUUGCUUAGUUCGGCACUGUCAACAUGGCUACGUUAUGUUGUUACAAAAAGGGAAAACAUAUCCACGUUGAUAUAUUAUGGAAUAUCAGUGGAAAAGUUGUGGAAAACAGCUAAUCUAUCCUACAUACUUCCAACUCAUAGACUAACCGUUUAUUUAUUGGGCAUCCUCAUGGGAUAUUAUUUAAGAAGAAAGGGUAGAAAUUUAAAAUUUAAUCGUUUACAAUCGAUAAUCGGUUGGUUUCUGGGAACUUCAGCAGGAGUUAUAGCCAUGUUUGGAUUUUACAAAGCCGCUUAUAAGGAGUAUACAUAUAAUCCUAUCGAUUCGGCCAUUUACAAUGCAUUUGCUCCCAUUUUAUGGUCUGGCUUUUUGGGCUGGGGAAUAUUAGCCUGUUUAAAUGAUUCUGGCGAGCUGACCGUUAUAUUAUUAACAUCGUUCGCAUUAACACUUUUAAUUGACAUUCCAUUUCAAAAUAUUAGAAAAACUUUAGUAAAUUCUAGAAAAACCGUUGAGAAAAAAGUUAUUAUGAAAAAGAAAAACGACGCUGAUGAUUUUGAAGAUGAUUAUUCGAAAGAUCAUCAUAAAACAAGAAGAAGAAAAAUAGUACAAACUCACGGAAUGUAA